AUGGCCAAAGCAUACACAAUUAACGAGUUCAAUUACCAAAUGGCAGAGAUUGAAAUAAUUGAUAAGAGGGUAGAGGAAUAUCUAUUUGAUGUUGGAUAUGGAAAAUGGCCAAGAGCACAUUCAAAAGUUAAUAGAAUAACAAUAAUGACAUCUGACAUUGCUAAAUCCAUGAAUUCAGCAAAUAAGUCUGUAAGAGAUCUCCCAGUAACUCCGUUGCUAGAUCUCUUGACAAAUUUGGUUAAGGAGCGAAACUACAGUAACAAAAAGCUUGCAACAGAAACAUUUAUAAAGCUUGGACAGAAGUAG